CGUGGCGUAGUUUCCGGAUUAAUUUCCUGUUUGCGUCGAAACACGCGAGUCAGCGUCAUUGGCAUUCAAUGGCGAGCCCGAGGUAGUUAGUAGUGACUCGCGCAGCCGUCGACCAGCGAACGUCCAGUUCAGAGUUGAGAGUUCCUCGGUAAGCAAGCGCCGUUCCGAUCAGAGAUGGAAGUUGGUCAAAUUUCGACGCCCCUGGUUGUCCUGCUCGUAGUGCUGAGAUGUUCGGCCGCACCCGAGGGGGCCAGACUGGACGAAGAGUGCGGCAACACGUCGUGUAUUCCCGAAGAGUGCGAGUUGAUGGGCUCAGUUUGCGUCGAGAACAGCUGCGGACAAUUGGAAUGCGUCAGCCAGACCACGGCCCACCACUCGGGGUUGUGCCCGUACCUGGGAUCGGCACCUGAUGAAGAGUGCGCGGACAACGAAUCGCAAACGACGUGCGACGUCCUCGGCUGCCAGAAGGAAGGAAAAGUUUGCUGUCCGGACAAGUGCGGAUACAUGCGCUGCGUAUGAGGGGGCUUCCGUUCGAAGCAUUCGAAGCAUCUGCAGCGUGUAACUGGAUCCGAGUGCACACGUUCUUAAUAACAAACGUAAUAAAAAAGCACA